GGAGAGCAUGUAAAAAGUAUUAUGUGAAUGUCAAGGUACGUGUAUUUGUGUUGAUUUGGGUCGAUUUAGUUUUUAGACAUUUGUAAACGGGAAUUUUAGUGGUUGGAGCGACGCUAUAGUAUGAAGAAAAAUCGACUGAACGAAAUUGAAACAAAUGAAUAACCAAUUGCUCUUUUAUCUUUUAAUGUACGGGGAUAAAUAUAUGGGCAUUUGUGGCUUGAUGAAAUAACCUGGGGGUAUGGGAUCAGCGCCCGGACGAGAUCUCAACACGAGAGACGAACCUCCUCCGUAUUCCUCACUUGCACCUCAAAAUUACGGAGGACCGGAGCCACUCGGGAUGCAGAGUAUUCCUGUAGCAGCGGGAGGCCCACCCUACCUUCCACCCCUGGUUAAGGGACAGAAGAUUCAGAGUGGGCCUUAUGAAGUCAUUGUAGAUGAGAAUAUGGUGAGGCAAAGGGAAAUGCAGAAUCAAGCGAUUUAUCGUGCGUGGCUUGAGCAGCAGCGACGAGCAGCAAUGCCCGAGGAUGAGUACUUUGCUGAAUUUCAAGUUGGCAAAAUUCGGAGACUAUUCAUCCAAAAAGUAUUUUUCAUUCUCUUCCUGCAGUUUAUAUUCACCGCUCUCUAUAUUGCCUUCUUCAUGUUCUAUGAACCAGCCAAUAUCUUCAUCAAGAUGCAUUGGUAUCUGUGGGUUCUUGCCAUGGUAGGGUUCAUUUGUUCGUAUUGUAGCAUCUCUCUCACCGAUUGCGGCAGAAGACAAUCUGGCUGGGGUGCAAUUUGCCUACUGCUCUUGACUCUAGCAGAAUCUCAUCUAUCGGCUUACGUGUCCGUCUACUUUGAUGUUGAAGUUGUUCUGAUAGCUGUGAGUGUUACAGCUGCGGUCUCCAUCUUCAUCACUAUCGCGGCCGUUUGUUGCAGGUUUGACUUUACGAAAUAUUCGGGUGUCCUGGGUAUCCUAGCGUUCCUCGGGCUUAUGACCCUCCUCCUCCUCAUGGUGACCUUGAUGUUUACCAAUAUUCCGGCCGUGAUAACUAUAUUUGGAUGUGUCGGAGCGCUAAUUUUUUCUCUGUACUUAUAUUUCGAUAUUCAAACGAUCAUGGGUGGUAGAAGAAUUCAAAUAAGUCCUGAUGAAGUGCUUUUUGCUACUACACAACUUUACGUAGAUAUCAUCGGUCUGUAUAGAUAUUUGCUCCUGGUUGUGGGAGGCAGUCGAUCAUGAUGACCUGAUUACAAGCAAUAUAUUUGGAAAAAAUUCAAUAAAAUGCAUAUAUUACACUUACUCAAUUUGCUUCUUUUGCGUUAAUCGCGAAUAAAUAUCUCCCACCGCCGAUAAACGAUAAGCAAUAUAUUAUGUGAUCACCUUGAAUAGUGCAGAAUACUGGAGAGUACUAUAUCACGCGAUACGCGAUAUUGGCGUAAAAGCGUGUGUGUCAUAACAUUAACCAAAUAAUCAUCAGAACAAACAGAAAAAUUUACAGGCAAUUGAGGAGCCAAAGUCUAUCGCUCCCAUUAUAAA